GUUUUUUUCUUCUUCCUUAUCUCUCCGCCUCUUUCUAGGGUUUCUCUCAAAUCCACAAAGCUCUUCAACCAUGGCGGACGAAUCUCAAUACUCAUCUGACACUUACUCCAACAAACGCAAAUACGAAGAACAAACCGCUCCUCCUCCAUCAACUCGCAGACCCACCGGUUUCUCUUCAGGUCCGAUCCCAUCUGCUUCACCUGAUCUCACCGCAACCGCCGUUCCUCCACCGUCUUCUUACAACAGCGUUCCUCCUCCGAUGGAUGAAAUCCAGAUUGCUAAACAAAAAGCACAAGAAAUCGCUGCUCGUCUUCUUAAUAGUGCUGAUGCUAAACGUCCUCGUGUUGAGAAUGGUGCUUCUUAUGAUUAUGGUGAUAAUAAAGGGUUUAGCUCAUAUCCUUCUGAGGGUAAGCAGAUGUCAGGGACGCCUCCGUCUUCGAUACCGGUUUCGUAUGGUAGCUUUCAAGGAACUACUAAGAAGAUUGAUAUUCCGAAUAUGAGAGUUGGUGUUAUCAUUGGUAAAGGUGGAGAGACUAUUAAGUAUCUUCAACUUCAGUCUGGAGCUAAGAUUCAGGUUACUAGAGAUAUGGACGCAGACCCUAAUGCUGCUACGAGGACUGUUGACCUAACCGGCACGCCUGACCAGAUUUCAAAGGCUGAGCAGUUGAUCACUGACGUUCUUCAAGAGGCUGAGGCAGGUAAUACAGCUGGUUCGGGUGGAGGCGGCCGUAGGAUGGGUGGACAAGCAGGAGCUGAUCAGUUUGUUAUGAAAAUUCCGAAUAAUAAGGUUGGUCUGAUAAUUGGUAAAGGAGGUGAGACAAUCAAAUCUAUGCAAGCUAAGACUGGAGCUCGAAUUCAGGUUAUUCCUUUGCAUUUGCCCCCUGGAGACCCAACGCCAGAACGAACUUUGCAGAUUGAUGGGAUAACCGAGCAGAUUGAACAUGCUAAACAAUUAGUUAAUGAAAUCAUCAGUGGCGAGCACUCUUUAGUUGGUAUUAGGUUAUUUUGCUGCAUAAACUUUGCCUUUGAGAAAAUAGGGAAAGGGAUGGGCUUCUGCAGGAGUAACCCAAUAAUUUCACCAAUCAGUACGAACCGUAUGAGAAACUCAGCAAUGGGCGGAGGGUAUCCACAACAAGGUGGUUAUCAAGCCCGCCCACCAUCAAGCUGGGCACCACCUGGUGCUCCACCAGCACAACCUGGUUAUGGUGGUUACAUGCAACCGGGAGCAUAUCCAGGUCCACCUCAGUAUGGUCAAUCACCUUACGGGAGUUACCCUCAGCAAACUUCAGGUGGUUACUCCUCCACCUGGGAUCAAUCCUCUGUGCCACCAUCCCAGCAGAGUGCGCAAGGUGAGUAUGAUUAUUACGGUCAACAACAGUCACAGCAACCAAGCAGUGGUGGUAGCUCAGCCCCACCGACAGAUACCACAGGGUACAAUUACUACCAGCAUGCUUCUGGUUAUGGCCAAGCUGGUCAGGGAUACCAGCAAGAUGGGUAUGGAGCUUACAAUGCCUCUCAGCAAUCAGGAUAUGGUCAAGCUGCUGGGUAUGAUCAACAGGGUGGUUACGGCAGCACCACUAAUCCAAGUCAAGAGGAAGAUACAUCUCAAGCCGCUCCACCAUCGUCCGCUCAGUCUGGACAGGCUGGGUAUGGUACAACUGGUCAACAGCCGCCUGCUCAAGGUAGUACUGGUCAGGCAGGGUAUGGAGCUGCUCCAACUUCUCAGGCUGGUUACAGCAGCCAGCCACCAGCAGCUUACAGUUCUGGGUAUGGAGCACCACCACCGUCUUCAAAGCCACCAGCUUAUGGCCAGAGCCAGCAGUCUCCAGGUGCUCCCGGGAGCUAUGGUAGUCAGUCUGGGUAUGCCCAACCAGCAGCGUCAGGAUAUGGACAACCUCCAGCGUAUGGGUAUGGUCAAGCACCACAGGCAUAUGGGUCUUAUGGAGGAUACACACAACCUGCUGCUGGUGGAGGUUACUCUUCAGACGGGUCUGCUGGAGCUGCCGCUGGUGGUGGUGGCGGUACACCGGCUUCACAGAGUGCUGCUCCACCUGCUGGACCACCCAAAGCAUCCCCAAAAAGUUGAUAUGUUUAUGGAUAAAUUUCAGCUGUUAUACAAUACAGGCUUCCAUGCUCUUUAUCUUUUUCUUGAGGAUUUCUUAAUGUUUGUCUUUCACAUUUUAGUUCUUUUAACGUUCUCUUUAUAUUAAAGAUAAUGGUUAAUG